AACCAUUUCUACCCUGGUUCGAAGAACAUGAUAUCAAGACAGGUCUUAAAGUUUUUAAAGAUCUAAUUCCCAACAAUGUUAAUACUGAGAUAACGCCUAAUGUUUACUUUAAUGCCUUGCUCGAUGUGCGUAGGAUGUAUAUUAACAUGCUUACUACUUCCAGAGCUAAAUCUCCAGAAUUAUUGGCCCAGUUUUGUGGUUCUUUACUUAGAAAGGGUUCUGUGGAAAGUAGCAUUAAAAGUAAAUUAGAAGAUAUUCCAUCAAUAACAAGUUUUACUAUACCAGAAGAACUUGAAGAAACUUCAAGACAUUUUAUCAAAGUAAUAACUCCAGUCAUAAACUUAAUCGGCUAUUCCAUCUUUCAAAAGGUAUCUACAUAUCAAAUGGGCAUUCUUUUGAAUUACAACAAAAAUACGUCAUAUAUUUUUAAAGAAUUAAAGCAAAUGGCAGAUUUAAAUUAUUGUGCCUUGACAGAUACUCUAAAAACACUUAUUCAAACCAAAGUUCUCAAGCUUUAUAAUGGAAAUGAAGUUGGAGAUCCUUUAUCUUGUUAUGAAUUGAAUAUGGACUUUGAAAG